UGCGUCACACUGCGUACGCAGAUGCGCCGUCAAAACAGAAAGUAGUGUCGGCAUACUAAGCACUUUUCCAUGUGUCAUUCGCUUUUUUAUGUGCCAGCUUAUGUAGCAUCUAUUCUAAACAAAAAGGAGUACUCAGUCUAUUACUGGCUAGACGUUAUGGCAUUGCGGGCGUGUGGAUUUGUCAUUUUUCGGCGUUUGGCCCAGCAGCCUCCCCCCGAUAAUACAGAGUUCCUGCUGCUGCAGACGUCCUACGGGGAACAUCACUGGACACCACCCAAAGGUGCAUCUCACAGUCCUCAUGAUGCUUUUACUGUCAUGUUGACCUUGGAGAGGACACAGGAGGAAGCAGGUUUAGGUAAAGAUCACCUGCGUAUGGUUGAUGGCUUCCUGCAGAGGUUGCACUAUCAGGUCCGGGGAAAGGACAAAGAGGUCAUCUAUUGGUUGGCUGAGCUCCGGUACCCAAACACACAGGUCAUUCUCUCAGACGAACACCAGGAUUACCGCUGGGCCAAACUAGAGGAAGCCUGCAAGCUGGCAAAAUACCAGGAUUUACAGGACACACUUACAGCAGCACAGCAUUAUCUAGAAACACAGGGCAAACAGUAACAUUUACACUUGGUUUUGAAAUUUAGACACUGACAGAGUUAAACACUUGCACUCAUCUUUAUAAAAUUGUUUUAGGAUAUUGAAUUAAUGACGGUUUAAAGGUGGAACUGAUGUGUUGUAUGAAAUUUGACCGUGGGUAUAGACUUAUGACUUGCGUCCUUUUUUCGCCUCUACUUGCUAAGCUGAAUUUAAUUUGAAUUCAUAAUAGGUUGCUUCCAAGUUGUUAAAAAUGUUAAGACAAAACCCACAACCUCUAAAUCUCCAGCAACAAACAAAACAAAGCUGCCAUUCAUUCCAAAGAAUGUUGUGGGUUCAAUAUGAGGUAAGCUCUAAUGACGCCAUCUGUGGCAUACUGUUAAUUACCACGGAAAAUAAUUUUGAGAAGCCUCACAAAAAAAUAAAAAAAUAAAAACACACACACACUGACAAAAAUGCUUAAAAUUGAUAGACUACAGGGCUUAUGAGUGGAUUAUGAAACAAUAAACAUAUGAAUCAAAUUUUUUAUCCCUGUGGUAAUAAAACAGUGCUUUAUAAAAAAGAAGGCAAGUAUUGAGAUGCUGGGGUUUUUGGUCAUUCCACACACACACACACACACACACACACACACACAUUUUCCAAUCUGUCGCUUUUCCGCAAAAGUUUUUCAAUGUUGAAAUUUAGGGUCCAUCAGAAAUAAUCUAUAAAUUGUAUGUUAUUUUGCUAUGAAUCCUGCAUCAUGCAGAUUGUCCUAAUUUAUUAACUAUAAUGAAAAACACUGUUCAAGAAUCAAUGUUGUUUUAGUAUUAUUUAAAUUCUAUUUUAUUUUGUAAAUAUUUUAAAUGAGCUUUAUUUUUAUAUUUUUAUUUAAAUUUUAUUUAAAGUGUUUGUCAUUUUUAUUAGUUUAUUUAAAAAUAUUUGUAACUUAUUUUUUUUAGUUUUGGAUUUCAGUUAGUAAUUUAAACCUGUUCAAACUUGUACAUUUUUUGUUUAAAAUUGUCAUCUAAUGUUUAGAUUUGAUUUUAGCUUUAUUUCAAUUGACAGAAAUGUUUUUUAAUAGUUUUUGUCAAUGAUAACAACACUGUCAUUAGCACCUCUAAAUGUGUUGUUCUAAUGGUUUAAUUGCUAAGGAGCAUUAACUCCUGUACAUAAACACAAAAAUGAAUUGUAUUGUGAUCAUACAAGCACAGCCUUAAAAAUUACCAUACUGGACAACCCCCACCCACCUCAAACUCAAAUACUUAUGUUUAGAAUUGAAAUAGGUAUCGAUUCAGAUUCAUUCGUACCAUUCUUGUGAAUAUUUAGAAUGAUAUUCCCUUUAACAACAUUACAAGAGAAAGGAAAUGCAUUGAACUUCGGUUGUUGUGAUCUGACUCGGGACCACAAAUCCUGUCAAAGAAUAGCAUAUGAAUACCAAAAAAUUAUUAAUGAAACAUUAAAAACACGCUUAUCAUGACACAAAUAAUAAAAGCCUUCAAGACAAA